AUGUCACGUACGGCAGAGCGGAAUGAGAGUGCGGAUGUCAAAAUGACGGACAUUGGGAUGGUAACACAAAUAGACCUACAAAAGAUCUGGACAUGGAACAAGGUAUCUCCGAAACCAAUCGAACGAUGUGUUCACGAAAUAUUCGAAGAGAAAGCACAGGACCAGCCUAAUUCUUUUGCUGUUUGUGCCUGGGAUGGAGAAUUACUUUACAAGGAACUGGAUCAGCUCGCUACAAAAUUAGCGAACCGGCUCAUAGAAUUGGGAGUUAGACCCGGUUUAUUGAUACCUCUGUGUUUCGAGAAAUCGAUGUGGACGACAGUUGCUAUGCUUGGUGUUCUUAAGGCCGGCGGAGGAUUUGUGAUGCUCGAUCCCUUGCUCCCAGAGCAACAUCUCCAUCGCAUCGUCCAACAAGUCAAGGCAGACCUCAUCUUGUCUUCUUUUUCAACCCAGGCGCUCAGUUCACGGUUGGCUCAAAAUGUGGUUCCUAUCGAUCGAGCAUUUUUCAUAAAUCUGGAUAUUCAAGCAAACCGGUGCCUUCCCACCGUUUCCCCAUCCUCAAUCCUGUAUCUGAAUUUCACAUCAGGCACCACGGGGGCCCCGAAAGGGGUUAUUUUGACCCAUAGCAGUUAUGCAUCAGCUCUCUACUAUCAGGCACAACACCUUGGAUUUACAAAAGAAUCGAGAAUCUACGACUUUUCCUCAUACAGCUUCGAUGCAUCAAUCAGCCAAACUUUUACAGCUCUGGCUGCAGGAGCUUGCUUAUGUGUACCAAUGGAGCAGGAUCGGAUGAACAAGCUGGCUCAGAGCAUAGCAUCUCUACGCGCAAAUGUUGCUGUCCUUACACCCUCCGUUGCCCAACUGCUGGACCCCAAGGAUACUCCUACACUACAGUCAAUGCUCUUUAUUGCUGAACCAUUACAUCUUAGAGAUAUUAACCCUUGGUGGGGCAAAGUACGAGUUCUCAACAUAUAUGGGCCAAGUGAGUGUACUCCAUACAGCCUCAUCAAUAGUAACGCUUCUUGUCCACAAGAAGCCACUCGAAUUGGCAUUGGUGCUGGCCAGGUGACAUGGGUUGUCAAUCCAGAUAACCACGAUCACUUGCUUCCGCUUGGUACCACUGGCGAGCUACUUCUAGAAGGGCCACUCGUAGGUGAAGGGUAUUUGAAUGACCCGGGGAGGACAGCAAUGGCAUUUAUCCACGACCCAGUGUGGUUGCGGCGAGGAACUUCGAAACAACAAGGACGAUACCGACACUGCCUCUAUAAAACAGGAGAUCUUGUUCAUUAUAACGAGGAUGGAAGCUUGACAUAUGUCGGUCGCAAAGAUACACAGGUUAAAAUUCACGGACAGCGAGUCGAGCUUGGACAAAUUGAGCACCAUUUACAUGAACUCAUGACAGAAGCGGAGAGAGUCAUGGUCGAUUUCAUCAUGCCGAGAGGGGAAAACUCAAGUAAAGUGUUGGCGGCUUUCAUUCAAAUCUACCCAAUUUCAGAAAAUCCCAAACAGCCGGAGCCUACCUACACCACGGAGAUGCUUCAAAUUUCCACUGAUAUCCAAGACAUGUUGGCUCAGCGCCUGCCAGGCUAUAUGGUCCCCACCAUGUUCUUUUCCAUACGUGAAGUCCCCAUAACGGUGACAGGGAAACUGGACCGAAGAAGGCUAUGCCAGAUUGGUACUUCAUGUUUCCAUGAAUACAUGGAAAAGCAAAUUCAAACGGUGAAGCCACAGCCAUCAUCACCAGUCGGACUGGAGUUACAAAAGAUAAUGGGCAGAGUUCUGGCCAUUGACUCAGCGCUGGUAGGACUUGAAGAUAGUUUCUUCCGGCUAGGGGGAGACUCGAUUGCAGCGAUGAGGGUUGUUUCCGAGGCUCAAAAGGCUGGUAUUGAGCUCACGGUCUUAGACGUGUUCAAAUAUCCUACACUUGACAGACUGGUCAGUCGGUGCCAGGAUGUAGCUGACAAGGCCCCGGCAAAGAUUCCGUCUUUCGCUCUUCUGGGUGACAGAUGCAAUAAAAGCAUGCUUCUCCGAGAAAUUGAGGGUCAGUACCAACUAGAUCCUGCCAUGAUAGAAGAUGCAUACCCGUGCACUCCGCUACAAGAAGGUCUUCUAUCUCUAUCUUUAAAGCACCCAGGCGAAUACAUGAUUCAACGUACUCUGAAACUACAUUCGACCAUUGAAACAAGAGAUUUCUGUCGAGCAUGGGAGGAAAUGGCUCGGAAUGUGGUAAUUCUACGUACACGCAUCGUGCAGUGCAGCGGCGUGGGUCUUUUGCAGUUAGUAUUGAACGAAAAAAUCCAAUGGACCCAUACGAUAGGAUUGAAUGAGCAUCUCGAAGAGGAUAAAAAGAGGCCAAUGGAACUUGGAAAGCCUCUUGCACGCUACACCAUGGUCACAGACAAUACAGGCUUGCAUCGAUGGUUUGUGUGGACGCUUCACCACGCGCUGUACGAUGGCUGGUCAUUGCCACUCAUGGUUGACAUGGUUGAUCGACAGUACUGUGGCACCUUGACACAACCAACGAAGCGCGAGUUCAAAGAGUUUAUUAAGUAUAUUGAGGAACAAGACAGUGAGAGGAUAGCUGACUACUGGCGCAAUACUCUUGAGAAUUGUGACUGUACCCCAUUUCCGGUGCUUCCAUCAUCGGUACAGCGUUCAGUAGCAGACAGCGAUAUAACGCAUCAAAUACCAUGGCUCAACACACAGCCGCGAGAUGUUACAACUACGACGCUCGUUCGUGCCGCCUUGGCUCUGCUUAUCAGCUGCAUGACAAACUCGGACAGUAUCGUGUUUGGUAUCACUACAUCAGGACGCGGGGCACCCAUUAGCGGCAUCAACGAGUUGGUGGGCCCAACAGUAGCAACAGUUCCGUUUUAUGUCAAGAUAUUACGGCACCAGAGGGUUUUGGACUAUCUAGCGGCCGUACAGCAGCAAUCAACGGAUAUUAUUCCUUUCGAGCAGUUCGGCUUACAUCGGAUCGCUAAAACAUGUCCCGAAGCCCAGCAGGCAUGUAUGUUCCAAACCCUUCUUAUUAUCCAGCCACAAGAAAAUACCCGGUCUGGCGGUACACUUGGGGUGUGGGAAGAGAGUUACGAGCCGGAGUGGGUCAACACCUUUGCAUUGGCUCUUGAAGUACAAAUUGGCAUGAAGAGGGUCAAUGCCAGAUUUGACUCAAACGUGAUCAAGCCAUGGAUUGUGCAGGCAUUGUUAGAAGGGCUUGAGUUUGUGAUGAAGCAGCUUGACAAGGCAGAAUUUCAACAGAGCAUAGCAGACAUCGACUUCGUCACAUCCCAGAGUCUUGAGCGAAUAUGGGACUGGAAUCGUACCGUUCCAUCGCCAGUGAAAAGAUAUGGUCAUCAUAUGAUUGAGUGGCAGAUGCAGAGCCAGCCGAUGGCAACGGCUAUAUGUUCUUGGGAUGGAGAGCUCACAUACGGUGAGCUAGACCGACUUUCGACGACGGUAGCGGACCAGAUUGUCAAAUUUGGAGUUGGCCCGUACCUACUAGGGCCGGAUAUCCUGGUGCCAAUAUGCUCCGAGAAGUCCAAGUGGACAGUAGUAUCCAUGCUUGGUGUCCUAAAGUCAGGUGCAGGUUUUGUGUUGCUAGACCCUUCCCUCCCUGAGCCCCGACUACAAUCAGUAGUCCAACAGGUGGGCUCGAAGUUGUUAUUGUCCUCCCAAGCCAACAUCGGUUUAAGCCUCAGACUGUCAGAGAUAGUAGUUCAAAUUGGCCCAGACAUAUCGCAGAUCUUGAAUAGCGUUCCGAGUGUCUCGAGUUAUGCUACGAGUCUCACACUGCUACAACCAUCAUCGAGGAUGAUGUAUGCAGUCUUCACUUCCGGAAGCACUGGGGUGCCCAAAGGGGUGUUAGUGUCGCACGAGAAUUUCUGCUCUGCUGUACACUAUCAGUUGGAGCUAUUGGGAUUUAACAGGGAAUCUAGGGUCUUGGAUUUCGCAUCAUAUGCUUUUGACGCGGCGAUUCAUAAUGUUGUAGCCACACUCAUUGCUGGAGGGUGUCUGUGCAUUCCAUCAGAAAGGGAUCGUAAUAAUAUUGGCAACAUCAUGGCCAUCAUGCGGCCUACAAUUGUCAAUCUGACUCCCACGGUAGCACGUUUGUUGGAUCCGGUGGCGGUGCAGGGCCUUAGGACUUUGAUUUUACUUGGUGAACCAGUCACAACCAGAGAUGUUGAGCGAUGGCAGUCGCAUAAAAUUCAAAUAAUAAACGCCUACGGGCCCGCCGAAUGCACACCAAUUAGCACGAUCAACACCAUUGGAUCCAACACAGAGGAGGCCACUCGGAUAGGAAAAGGUGUGGGUUUGGUGACAUGGAUUGUGAAUCCAGAGGACCACGAUCGCUUAUUGCCACCGGGAUGCACCGGUGAACUACUCCUCGAAGGGCCGCUUGUUGGCAAUGGCUAUAUGGGGGACCCGGGAAAGACCGCUGAGGUGUUUAUCGAAGACCCUAAAUGGCUACUAAAGGGUUCAGAUACUCAACCUGGGCGUCACGGCCGCCUUUAUAAGACGGGUGAUCUGGUGCAGUACAACGAUGAUGGGAGUUUGAUGUUUAUGGGCCGCAAAGAUAGUCAAGUCAAGAUUAGAGGGCAGCGUUUCGAGCUUGAAGAAGUCGAACACCAUAUUCUUGAUUGUUUACCAAAAGCGAGUCAGGCUGUGGCUGAAAUUGUUGUGCCUGAGGGCGAGGAGAAUCCUAGACCGGUGUUGGUGGCCUUCAUCCAGACGAGUGGUAACGGCAUGAAGAUUAACGAAAAGUCGACUUUGGUAGCCAAGAAAUACCCAGCGGCUGCUGAUAUUAAGAAGAAGCUGGAACAUCAUCUGCCGAGAUACAUGGUGCCGACGGUAUUCUUUUCUCUGCCGGGUCUGCCAUUAACUGCCACAGGGAAGACGAACCGGAGAAGACUUCGUGAGAUCGGCCGGGAACUACUGUCGGUUGAAGGGGAACACCCGUUCAAUGCAUCUGAAGAACCCCUCGAGAAUGAGUCCCCACGCGGUAGAACAAUAUUGAAGACUGAGCAGCCAGCGUACGAACUAGCUCAGAAAUUACAUUCCAUGCGUGCCUCAUGGACCCGGGAGAAUCUGUCGUUCAAAGAGGACGAGUCACAGCAGCACCAGCAAAUUGAGCUGAACGAUGUGUUUUUACACUCAUCUGGUCUAGACUCGGUGGACAUGAUGGAACUCAUGUCUUUCAUCUCCCAGAAUUUUCAUGUUCAAGUUGGAAUGCAGCUUUUGAUGAACAAAGCAACCAGUAUCAGGAGCCUAGCUCAAUAUAUAGUCGAUUCCCAGGCGAUUGGUGCUCAGGAUCACUCAGUUCGACACUCUUUAACUUGUGCCUUGAUCUCAGUUGAUCUCGCGGCUGAGAUCAGCCGGCAUGACUCUAAGAUUUUGAGUGCCCAGCAGAGAGCUGUACAGCGUGACAUUAUAGCGAGUAAUGAUCAGCCGAUGGACGGAGAUAAUAAAACGUUUAUCGUGUUAUUGACUGGUGCCAACGGUUUUAUCGGUACCCAAAUCCUCCGUCAGCUCCUCGAACACUACCAAGUUAGUCGCGUCAUUUGUCUUGUACGCGGCGAUACGGACAAUGCAGCCAGACAGCGCACUAUUAGUGCGGCCGUAAAAGCGCUCUGGUGGACUAAUCACCACGCGGAGAAGCUGGAAGUCUGGCAGGGCGACCUGGCGCUCCCACGCCUGGGACUUGAUCCGAUGCGUUGGGAUUCUCUAACCAGUGGCCAAGCAGUCAAUUUGAUCAUUCACAGCGGCGCUACAGUGCACUGGACAAAAAGCUACGAAGUCCUAGAGGCUGCCAAUGUUGGCUCAACCAUCGAGCUGUUACUCCUCGCCGUAGGUCUCCCUCGCAUGAGAUUUCUUUAUGUUACGGGUGGCCGUCCUUGGAACUCUUACGAAGAGCUGGACGUUUUGAAGGAGCUCUCAGCCGUCGAUGCCAUCGCGUAUAGCCAAACUAAGUUUGUUGCCGAGGCUGUAGUCAGGCGCGCGGCGCGACGGAGCCCAUCCGAAACCAAUCGACUCGCUGUGCUAAACCCAGGAUGGGUCAUUGGCACACCAACUGAGGGCUUCUCUAACUUCAAUGACUAUAUAUGGCGACUGGUGGCAACGUGCAUCGAGAUAGGAGCGUACAAUGCUGCUGAGGCGGACGGGUGGCUUACCAUAUCAGAUGCUGCGACGACUGCGACAGCCAUUAUUGAUGCGGCACUAGGCAAAAUGGUGGACAUAGUGGCUGAAAAGCCACCCGUGGAUGGCAUGACAUGGAGGGAAUUCUGGGCUAUUCUUGAGGGCAUGGGUUAUAGGCUUGAGGCUAGGGGCAUGGCAGAGUGGCUGGCUCUUGUCCGUGCUGACAUUGAAGCUGUAAGAGAGAAACAUCCCCUGUGGCCACUAGCACACAUGAUCGGGGGCCUACAGAGCGAUAAGCGAGUCGCGGGUAGCUCGCGAGACAAGGGUAGCAGCACACCAUUGCCAUUGAAACUUGCUGUAAGCAGGAGUGCCGAGUAUCUUGUCAAGAUCGGCUUUUUACCCGCGCCAUCAAAUCAGGUACAAGAGACGAUAUAG